CUUCAAAAAUAACCAAAACAAUUAAAACAAACUUGGGGCCAAUCAAUGUCAGCCUCUUGUUUCAACAUCUUCUAUUUAUGUCUUCAUAAUCCCUUCAAUUCUCUGGCAAUUCAGCCAGAUAUAAUCCGCCAUGUCUGCGGAUAUCCCGCAGACUGAAAAUAUCAUGCCCUCCACCUCGAAUUCCAACAAUGAAAACCCCACCAACCCCUCCUCUGCUGCGGCAGUCAGCGGCCAUUUGCGCGCGAGAACAAACACGGCCGAAAUUGACAGUACCAUCAUUCAUCCUGGUAGUGUGAAGAUUAAUGUUACCGGAGCAUUUAUAGUCGAUCAGGAUUCGGCGUCCCCGAAGGAAUUGAAUGUGAAUGAAAGGAAUUAUGAUACCAAGGAUAUCCGGCUGCCGAAUCAUACGGCGGUGGUCAGUCAUAUUGCUGUAGAUGUACGAACCCGUUUCUUUGGCUUAUAGCUAUCUUCCCCAAAAGUUUACUGACAUAUGUGUAAGAUUGGAGGUUCUUUAGCUAAACUCGUAUACUUCUCGAGGGAGGCGCAUUCGCGCGAACCAGGCGGAAGACUCAAUUUUAUGAACUUCGAGACGGAUAGGAUAGAUGACUGCGUGGAGUUUAUGAAACAGCUGCAGAUUAAGCAACAGAAACUCAAUGGAUCGAGACCGGGGGAUUUAUGUGUGAUGGCAACGGGCGGAGGAGCAUAUAAAUACUAUGAUAAGAUUAAGGAAGCUCUGGGUGUUGAUGUUAUAAGGGAAGAUGAGAUGGAAUGUUUGAUCAUUGGUAUGUCUCCCAUGCGACAUGUCUUUGGAUGCAGUAUAAUGCUAACGGAUGAGUAAACAGGACUUGAUUUCUUCAUUACCGAAAUACCCCGCGAAGUAUUUACUUACAGCGAAAGAGAUCCUAUGCAUUUUACCUCGCCGAGCCCCGAUAUCUAUCCAUACCUGCUCGUCAAUAUAGGCAGUGGUGUAUCCAUGAUAAAAGUAUCCGGACCACGGGAAUACCAAAGAGUUGGCGGGACCUCUCUCGGCGGUGGGACACUCUGGGGAUUACUUUCUCUUUUAACAGGAGCUCGAACAUUCGAUGAUAUGCUCGGCAUGGCUGAACGGGGCGACAAUGCCAAAGUCGACAUGUUAGUAGGUGACAUAUACGGCACCGACUAUGGUAAAAUCGGCCUGAAAAGCAGCACAAUCGCAAGUUCAUUCGGCAAAGUAUUUCGCAUGAAAAGAGAAGCCGAACGAUUAGCCGAAGAUUCAGGAGGACAAAAUAACAGUGAAGAACCAUCGGCUUCCUCCCAUUCUACCCAAGACCCACCAUUUUCCCACGAAGAUAUUUCCCGGUCCCUUCUCUACGCAAUAUCCAACAAUAUCGGACAAAUUGCAUAUUUACAAUCUGAAAAACAUUCUUUGUCGACGAUAUACUUUGGGGGAAGUUUUAUAAGAGGCCAUAGACAAACGAUUAAUACAUUGAGUUACGCGAUCAAAUUCUGGAGUAACGGAGAGAAAAAGGCAAUGUUUUUAAGACAUGAAGGAUAUCUUGGAAGUGUAGGAGCAUUUUUGAAGAGGAAACCAGAGGGAUGGGGUAGAAGAAUGAGUUUUGAAGAAAGUGAGACAGGGGUGAAGGAUAUUGGGGAGGAGUUGAAGGCAUUGAGGAGGGAGAUUAGUAGGAAUGAAUAAGUAUAACAGGUAGGUAUAAAUUGUGCUUGGUCUAUUCGCACUAGCGUUUGGGAUAGAUUGUUGUAAGCUUAAAUUGCAAAUGCGCUUUCUAUGCGCUAGCGGAGAUAUGGAAGUGGAAUCUUCCAUGUCUUAGCGGAAGAGGGAAGAGAGAGAGAGAGAGAGAGAAAGAGUUAUAAAAUUAGUUGAAUAGUCGAUAGAGAUAGUGAUAACGAUAGCGAUGGUUAGGAUAUACAGCGAUGGAUGAGUAGGUAGGUAGGUAGGUAGGUAGUGGAUAGGAAUACUCAGCGAAAAUCAGUAAAGGAGAAGAAUCAUAAG